GACAACAUUGAAUCGAAACGGUCGAAUCAGAUUCAGCCGCUGCAUACAUAUAGCUAUCAGCCACACCACGAGAGGAUUAAUACAAUAGUCUCUCUCUCUCCUCCUUGCCAUCCAUCCAUCCAUCCACUUGCUGCUCUGCCAUAUCCAUUUAAUUACCCGCCCGCAAUGAGCUUUGCUAAUGCCGCGAGUGAGCUGCUGAUAGAAUCUCCGGCGACCAGCAGAAGUCGGUCGGACUUCUCGGAACGGCGACGUAGAGCCCUGAAAAGGGUCGACAGAGAGCUGUUGAGGCGGAACUAUGGAACCGCCCUCUCUGUGGUCAAGCAAUUGCAAGCCAAACAACUACAAAAACAGAGCCUAUUGCGGGGAUUCGGCACCGCCAAACAGGUUCCAAUGGAAUCAUCAGCAUUUGAUGGGCUGCAAUUCGACGGGUUAGAGAGAUCGUCCGUUGAAGCUCUGGUGGACUCUGUUCUGGAUGCAAUGCACGACCCUGCCCAGUUGAAAUUGAUACAAGAGGUUGAAGCCAGGGGCCCAAGGAGUUGUGAAGACGUCCAUUUGUUGUGCCUGCAACAUGAAGCUGGCCAUUUCCUAGUCGGCUACCUAAUCGGAGUUCUACCACAGAAUUACCAAGUCCCAAGCGUGGAAGAUCUGAGGCAGAAUGAGGUCUUUGUCAAAUCGAAAAUCGAGUUCCCAGGGUUCGGCUUCCUGACAGGAGUUGGUCCUGAAAUCCUCCGAAGAAACCUCCCAAUAGCAAAGAGAAGGGGUACGGCUGCUGCUAUGGUGAACAGGAGGGUUUCAUCAAAGACUCUGAACGCAUUCUCUUGCGUAAUGCUAGGCGGAUUGGUUGCGGAGUACCUUGCCUUUGGAUAUUCACAAGGCCACCUUACGGAUCUCCAAAAGCUCCACAACACAAUCAAGUGGCUAGAAAUGGAGGAAAGCAAAGUAGAGUUUCAAAUCAAAUGGGCAGCACUCAACACCAUAUUCAUACUUCACAGCCAUCAACAAGCUAGAGAACGACUAGUGGAAGCCAUGGCAGAUGGGCAAUCAGUAGGGGUAUGCAUCGACGCAAUAGAAAGCACCCUUCCUCAUUAACAUCCAACUCGGAAUACAUUACACAGUUGUUC